AUGGAAGGAGGGAUGGGUUUCAGAUCACUACAUGAUGUUUCUAUUGCCUUGUUUUGUGAGUUGUCGUGGAACUUCAGGACUAAGCCUUCUUUAUGGAGUGCUUUCAUGGCUAACAAGUAUUGUAGAAAAGAAAAUCCUAUAUCUAUUCAGUGGAAACAAGGGUCUCAAACUUGGAAAAACAUGAUCCAAGCAAGAGAAUUAAUAGAACACCAGAUCUGGUGGCAGCUUGGUAUGGGGAAUUCACAGUUUUGGUUUGAUAACUGGACAGGAAUGGGUGCAUUAUAUUUCAUUGUGGAAGGUUUUGAUGAAAGCAUUCAAAAUGUAUCAGAUGUAGUGGAGAAUGGGAAUUGGAACAUGACAAAGCUGAAUAGUUUACUCCCUUAG